AUGUUUUUAUAAUCACAUAGAAAAAAAUCUCAACCUUCUUUGGUUGCUUAUUAUGAAUUUAAAAUUUAGGAAAUUAAAAGCUACCCUUCCUAAAGAGUAGUCAUAACAGAAUAGAACACAAAGAAUUAUGCAAAUUUGAGACUUGGAACAUCUAGUCCAAUUGGUUGUAAAAGUAGAAUUAAGACUCUACCUCCAGUAAAAAAAGAAAAAGUUAUUCCAUUUGAACAUGAUUAUAACACUGCUUAUAGAACAGUGUUUAGCUAAAGAAAUCUUUUCAAUCUAAUAGGUGGAAAAAACAAGUGA